UCCCCUAUCACUGCGACGCCUUCGGCAUAGUUAUGCCGGUCAGAGUCUCCGUUCAGUGUAUUAAAACUCCGCCGGCGGUACAUACAAAGACUCAACGACUGCCAAUAUUAACAUUAUCAACGCUUUUAUAGCCACCUAUUAGACAAAGCGUAUAGCCUCAAGGUAUCGCCCGGGGACUCACAAUGGUAACUUGAUUUCCUUUCAGUCUAGUCUUAUCCCCAGCAUUACACGUGGGCCGGGGAACCUUGUAACUAUCGUAUUAUACGGGGCGAAUUGGAACGCCUUUGUCGUUGAAAAAUGAUAUAUCGUCGAGGUCUCAAGUUACUGAGUCGAUCAAUACCAGUCUUUUUUGAGACAUAAUAUUAAUCAUAAUCAUAAUGCAAUUUCAUGCUUCAUUGAGCAUCCUAUUUGGCCUUAUUGCUUUGAGCAAAGCAUGGCCUGCUCCUCUCGCCGAUAGCACCAUCAACACGAGGGCGACCACUAGCAUGACGCCCACAGAUGUCCUAUCUGAUAUUCAAGCCGCAUUCGUGGAGACAUGUCAUAAUACUUGUAUGAAACUAUUCCCUACGAAGGGAACUGAGCAGAACGACUGUAUGGAUAUAUGCCACCGUCAUCCUAAUUCCAACCCAGGACAAGACCCGGGCCAGGGAGAUAUGUAGUACCUAAUCGACGGCGCGAACGAAGAGGCUCUAGCAAUAGGCCUCAAGGACUACGAGUCAUGAAAUCAUGAUAUACGACGGAUGGAAAUAUAGGUUGCUUUUCUACUAGUUAUUUAGUCUGGGUCGAAGGAAUAUACCAUCAUCGUUUCUUUUCUACUGAUGUUGGGCGCUUAAUCAUACCAUCUUGCAUUUAAUGGA